AUGUUUUUGGAGCUAGAGCGCGAUCAGGCGUUGCGCGAUCGCGACGUCCUUCGAACGAGCAUUGCCGCGCUCGUUACCGGCCCCAGUUUACCUUCUUCGUCCCGUCCAGUUGAGACGGCCCCAUCUACGAGUGCUCGUGUCAAACGCCCUAGUACUUCCGCUCUAACUCCUCCUCCGCGGACCAAGAGAGCCAGAAUCGAGGCUACCUCGCAGUCGGUCGUCAAGGUGACACCCAAUACUCAUUCUCCGACUGCGUCCGGUAUCGUCGCCGAGCCUUCUCCACCGUGCAAAUCCCCGAAGAACAACCCUUCCCGAUCACCUUACAGUUCCACACGAUCUCAAGCAAAACUUACGCCCAAGACUCCCGUUCUUCCCAGACCUGGCGUUCGAAAAGGCAAAGGCAGAGCGCGCAAUCUGACGCCUGCUCCAGCUAGCUCGGAUGAUGACGAUUCAUCGGAUGCUGGGCCUCGCGAUUCAGUACUGUAG